AGAUGGAGCGCAAUGCCCGAUAUCAACAACAAAAGGUUGCACUCUUAUUUGCAGUGUUGUAUCCUCUUAAGUGUUCUACAAUUGAGGUUGGCCGUAGUUUCUUUUCUAAUCGUGUGAAAAUUCGAUUGCAAAAAUGUUUGUGGUGGAAAACUGAGCUGAAGAGAGAGAGAGAGUGACGUGAUAACCACAUCAAGAUGCGCAACGAAAAUAAAUUACCGCAAAACGGAGCAAGUAAAAAGCAAUAUUUAUGUGGUGAUCGAAAACAAAAGCAUUAGCAC